UAUAGGACCAUCGACUCCUGGUGAAAAACAGAGUGAGCUACAAUCACUACCAUGUGCCCCAAAGGGUCAUCUGUGAAAGGGUCAUUACUGCUACUGCUGCUGAUGUCAAGCCAGCUCCUCAAGGAGGUGGAAUCUCUGCCCAUCUGUCCCAGCGGGGCUGUCAACUGCCAGGUGUCCCUCAGCGACCUCUUUGACCGUGCAGUCAUGCUCUCUCACUAUAUCCACUCUCUUUCCUCAGAAAUGUUCAAUGAAUUUGAUGAGAGAUAUGCCCAGGGCAGAGGAUUCAUAACCAAGGCCAUCAAUAGCUGCCAUACUUCUUCUCUCUCUACUCCUGAAGACAAAGAGCAAGCUCAGCAGAUUCGUCAUGAAGACCUCCUGAAUUUGGUGCUCAGGGUCCUGCGUUCCUGGAAUGAGCCCUUGUACCAUCUGGUCACUGAAGUACGGAGUAUGCAAGAAGCCCCUGACACCAUCCUCUUGAAAGCCAUGGAAAUUGAGGAGCAAAACAAACGACUUCUAGAGGGGAUGGAGAAGAUAGUGGGUCAGGUUCAUCCAGGUGACAGAGAAAAUGAAGUCUACUCUGUCUGGUCAGGACUUCCAUCCCUUCAGAUGGCUGAUGAGGACACACGUCUCUUUGCAUUUUACAAUUUGCUGCACUGUCUACGCAGGGACUCACACAAGAUUGACAACUACCUGAAGCUACUCAAAUGCCGGCUCAUCCAUGACAGUAACUGCUAAGCCAACAUCUCACCUGUACCAACCCAAAAUACUCUCCCUGCCCUUACUGAUUCCUCCCUUGGGGAGGUCUUGCUAGCUCUCUUGCUUCAUAAUAUAUGCUUUUCUGAAAUAGUUCUAUU